AUGAGGGUGAGGGCAAGGAGGAGCAUGGAGUGGCGUCCUGCUAUUGUGGAGGGACGAAGGAUCCCAUUUGUUUUCGUAUUGUACUUGGCACUGCAAGCAAGGCUUAGCUUCCUCAAGAUCUCACACGCCCCCUCUUCUAUCAUAAUUUCAUAUUACGGAUGCCUUUGGCUUGUCACCCUGCUCAAUCUUGCUUGGUGCUUUCUCCAGGCAUGGGAGUGUACUGGGAAAGAGCUGGCAAGGAACUUGUUAUCCUUGUUUACUACUUCCGCAAUGCUGUUUUUGGAAGUAAAUGGUGGCUUGGAAGCAAUGACACGAAAUUUAAGUAUCUCAGGGCUCAUUGUUGGUUUGGAUAUAUUAUUAGAGGCCCUGUAUAUAUUUUGAUUUGGAAUCGUAUUAUUCGUCGACAGCAAUGAGAACACUCAUCAUGUGAAGCGCAACUUGUGGGUUGUCCACAAGCUGUUGCUCACUGCCGUUUGUGGCUUCAUAUUGUUCAUGUACCAUUCCAGGUGUAGAGAAAGGUUACCUGGUAAGUUAAUUGCUGGGAUUGUUACAUUAUGUCUAUUCUUAGUUUAUGAUUGUUAAGUGAAGACCCUUCAAUUAUUUUUAUAUUAUUUCUCUCUGUUACAGUUGUCUGUUAUCACUUACCGUGCCUUUUAUCUUCCUCUUUUGCAUUUAACAUUUCUGCCAGAAUUUUUAUAGGAGGAAAAUUUUCACUUGGAAAAUGUCUGUUAUUCGGAGACGAAAGAUGCUGGUUUAUUCGAAGCUAAUUGGGAGUGA